AUGCAGAUGAGAUCUGAAGGUAAUCUUGGGUUUGGAGGUGGUCUGCUGGAUUCAGAAGUUACUGAGAGUGUGGUCGAUUGUUUGAAUAGAGAAUACCAAGAAGAAUUAAAUCUAGACCUUGAAAAGUGCAAGUUUAAGCAGGAAGAUCACAUCAUGACAGCUGUCAAUCAUAAGUUAAAGUUUGUUACACACUUUUAUGCACAUGAAGUAAGCAAUGAAUCAUUUUAUGAAAUUGAAAAAGAUUCUGUCAACGCUUCACAUUGGGGAACUGAGACAUUUGGAAUUGUGCGAGUGCCUUUAUUUGUUGUCGACUCAGACAAGUUCAGAGGAUUGCCUGUUUUUCUGGCGAAUUGUUUUGCUGGUUGUGCAAGGGAACAAUUGAUGGAAACAAUAAAGAGGAAGCAGUUGAUUCCGCUGGAAGAUUUGCAGUUUGCAUGUAAACGUUUUAAAGAUUACAUGGCAGUUCAAUCCCUUUGUAAAGCUAAAAAAUGA